AUGCAGGACAGAGGUUAUGAGCAGCCUGUCCCUCUCUGUGUAAUUAUGAAAGAGCCUCAAACUUUUGAGAAAAGCACUUAUGUUGGAAACUAUGAAAACAAUUCUGAGGAUUCAUCAUGUUAUGAACUCUUUUAUGAUUCCCUAUCAGAUAUACAAGAUGGGGACUUUUCACAUGAACUAUCUGCCUUUCUCAGUGAAGAUGAGAUAAACAAAAGCCUUGAAGUUGCUCAUCAAUCCAUUAAUUCUGUUGAAGAAGAAGUUAAGCAAGAGUAUUCUUACUUUAACACUUCUCCAAACUCACCAGAAAAUGCCACUUCUGGGCAAGCCAAAGCACAUGACAGUUAUCCUCCCAAGAAAAAUUGCGCAACCAGCUCCACCUCCUUGUGGCCCUCAUCUCAAACUCCUACAGAGCAGCAGGAUCAGAAUACAUAUCCUCAAGGAAAAGAUGGUAUUUUAAAUGUUACUGGUAAACAAGCAAGUGCUUUUCCCUUCCUGCCUGCAAGACCCAGCUUUAUCCGAACUCUAAAAAAUGCUGAAAGGUGUAGUUUAAAUGGCCAAAAGGUGAGCCCUAAAUCUAAAUCAGUUUUGACAAGUACUGUCCCCUCCAAGAAUAAGCUAUGUGAUAAAGCUGCCACUUUGAUUGAAGAACUGUCUUCUAUUUUUGAUGAAGCAGCCAAGAUGAGAGUUGAGAAUCCAAAUGGAAAUUCUUCAUCUCCAGAUAGUGGGUAUCUUUCUCCUAAGAGGAAGCAAUUAGCUUUGUCAAAUUCUUUAAAGAAUUCAGUACUUGAAACAAGUUUAGAAAUCACACCCAAAAAUGAGAUCUCAGAAGUCACUCAGGUUAAAGAAUGUGUGGGCCAAAGGAAAGAAGACUCUCAGAUUGGUGAGACUGUCUCUCAAAAUGAAGUUGCAAAAGAAAGUCAGAAUCAAUUAUUUCCCCCUCGAUUUAUCCAGAAACUGAGAAGUCAAGAAAUUCUUGAAGGAAGCAAGGUUCUACUUCAGUGCAGGGUUGCUGGAAACCCAGAACCUCAGAUCAGGUGGUUCUGUGAAGGUAAAGAACUACAAAAUUCUCCUGACAUUCAAAUCUGUUCUGAAAGUGGAGGACUCCAGACAUUAAUUAUAGCAGAAGCUUUUGAAGAAGACACAGGGCGCUACUGUUGCCUGGCCUCCAAUUCUCUUGGCUCUAGUUCUUCGUCAGCAGAAUUAUUUGUUGAAGGUGCCAGUUCCUCUGAUUCUGAUAGUGAACAUUUCAAAACAAAAUCUGGAGCCAUGCCCCAGGCUCAGAAGAAAAGCACUUCUGUUUCAUUGACAAUUGGAUUGUCAGCUCCAAAGUCUGGAAUUACUACAGCAGUAAUCCAGCCUAUCUCUGUGCCUAAUCAGCAGCUAUAUUCACAAUUCCAGGUUCAAAGUCCUGCUUUACAUCUCUGCAAAUUAGAUGGAUCAAAGCCUAGUCAUGCUACACCUAUUUUUACAAAGGAACUUCAAAAUACAACAGCAAAUGAAGGACAAGUAGUUGUACUUGAGUGUAGAGUAAGAGGAACACCUCCCGUACAUGUUCUCUGGUUUCGUCAGGGGGUUGAAAUUCAUGAUUCUCCAGACUUCCGAAUUCUUCAGAAAAAACCACGUUCUACAGCAGAACCUGAGGAGAUAUGUACUUUGGUGAUUGCAGAGACUUUUCCUGAAGAUGCAGGGAUCUUUGCAUGCACAGCAAGCAAUGAUUAUGGAUCAGUCACAAGCACUGCCAAACUGACUGUGCUGCCAGCCAGUUGCGAAAGCUCCAGCCAUGAUUUGUCAAUGAGAGUACAGAAUAAGGAUAACUUUCAACAUUUCCCACCUCCACCUUCACAUCUUGAGAUUAAUUCUGUGGAGCUUCCUCCAAAGCAUUCAGAGCACUCCAAGAUCAGUCAUCCCAGCUCAAGUGCUUUUGAAUUACAGCUUAACUCUGUUGAGAAGAAAACCAAUGGAAUUCAUCCUACCCAUGGAGUCAAUGGAAUCAUUAAUGGCAACACCAAAACUGAUAAAUCCCACCCUGGUGAAUUGCUUUCACCCACAAAAACACCACCACCUGUGCUUGCUAAGCCAAAGUUGGAUCCUUUAAGAAUUCAGCAGUUACAGAACCAAAUCCGGCUGGAAAAAGAAGCAGACCAGUGGUGUCAUCAGAAGCAAGCUAGUUUCCUCCAGAAUCUUCCCUUGUCCCCAACUUUUCUCCCUCCAUCUUCAUUCCAAGAACUUGAGUCCAGCCAUUGUCCUUCUCCUGUGCAAAUGAGUGUUCUGAACUCUCAUUCUUCUCCUGCCAUGCAGACAUCCAGUUCUUUCAACUAUGCUCGUCCUAAACAAUUUAUUGCUGCACAAAAUAUUAGUCCUGCUUCGAGCUACGUAACACAGGCAUCUGGCUCUUCCACAUCUAGUCUUCCAUCCCCAAUAUCUCCAACUGCUUCUCAGAAGCAGUAUGGUAAAACAUCUGCCCCUCCUUUUUCUCAGACAUUUGCUCCUGAGGAAGAGUAUCCGGGGUCUCCUUCCCCACCUCCUCCCCCUCCCCCUGUUUUUAGUCCUACAUCUACUUUUUCAGUGGAAGAUUCCUUUCCACUGCCACCACCUCCACCUCCUCUCCCAGCUUCUGUCCACUCACCUUCCUGCAGUUUUUCUCCAACAUCCAGAUUGUCCAGCUCUAAUCAGUCUCCAGCAGCCUUUCUCAGCUCCAUGCUACCAUCUCGGCCAUCUCCAAUGUCCGUUAAUGCAUUAGGACUUCCCAAAAGUGUUACACCAUCGGGAUUUCCCAAAAAAUCAGGCAGAACUGCCAGGAUUGCAUCUGAUGAAGAAAUUCAGGGCACAAAAGAUGCUGUUAUCCAGGACCUGGAAAGAAAACUUCGCUUCAAGGAAGAUCUCUUGAACAACGGCCAGCCAAAGUUAACAUAUGAGGAAAAGAUGGCUCGUCGAUUGCUGGGGGCUGACAAUGCUGCAACAGUCUUCAAUAUUCAAGAACCAGAAGAGGAACUUGCAGAGCAGGGAACUGGUUCUGUUGAUGCUUCUAUAGUGACUCAUGAGGCUGUGCAAAAGGAAUACAAAGUCUCCAGUUUUGAGCAGAGACUGAUAAGUGAAAUUGAAUUUAGAUUGGAGAGAACUCCAGUAGAAGAAUCUGAUGAUGAAGUGGAGCAUGGGAAAGAUGUUCUUGAUAGCAGCCUGACACCUUAUUUUGAGACAAAACUUAAACACUACAAAAUAUUCGAAGGAAUGCCGGUCACUUUUAUAUGCAGAGUAUCUGGAAAUCCAAACCCAAAGAUCUAUUGGUUCAAAGACGGAAAGCAAAUUUCUAAAAGGAAUGAGCAUUACUCGAUGCAAAGAGAACCUGAUGGAACCUGCUCUCUCCAUAUCACUGCCUCCACCCUCGAUGAUGAUGGGAAUUACACUGUCAUGGCUGCCAAUCCACAGGGGAGAAUAAGCUGUACAGGACGAUUGAUGGUCCAAGCUGUCAAUCAGAGAGGACGCAGCCCCAGGACACCACCUAACCAGCCUCAUGUCAGAAGACCACGGUCUCGAUCAAGGGAUAGUGGAGAUGAAAAUGAACCAAUCCAGGAACGCUUCUUCCGACCACAUUUCCUGCAGGCUCCAGGAGAUCUGAUAGUUCAAGAAGGAAAACUUUGUAGAAUGGAUUGCAAGGUCAGUGGCUUGCCUACUCCUGACAUCAACUGGCAACUUAAUGGAAGAGUAAUACGUUCUGAUAAUUCCCACAAAAUGCUUGUACGGGAAAAUGGUAUACACUCCUUAAUCAUAGAGCCAGUCACAGCAAGGGAUGCUGGCAUCUAUACAUGUCAUGCCACUAAUCGAGCUGGCCAGAACACUUUCAGCCUGGAACUGAUUGUGGCAGCUAAGGAAGCACACAAGGCACCUGUAUUUAUAGAGAAACUACAGAACACAGGAGUGGCUGAGAGGUUUCCUGUGCGACUGGAAUGCCGGGUUUCAGGUGUGCCUCCACCUCAGAUUUUCUGGAAAAAGGAAAAUGAGUCACUCAUAUACAACACUGACAGAGUGAGCAUGCACCAAGAUAAUCAUGGAUACAUCUGCCUGCUUAUUCAAGGAGCUACAAAAGAAGAUGCUGGUUGGUACACUGCAUCAGCAAAAAAUGAAGCUGGGAUUGUUUCCUGCACAGCAAGACUGGAUGUCUAUACUCAGUGGCAACAACAGUCCCAAACCACUAAGCCAAAGAAGGUGCGUCCCUCCGCCAGUCGGUAUGCAGCACUUUCUGACCAAGGACUAGAUAUCAAAGCUGCAUUUCAGCCAGAAGCAAACCCAGGACAUCUGACAUCUGGAUUGGUAGAAAGUGAUGAUCUUUAAGUAUUAACUACCAGAUAUACCAUUUCCUUUUAAAACACUGAAUGCCAUCGUAUGGAUCAAUGAUAAUCUACGCCACUGUACGCAAGAUAGACACCUCUAUGCGCAAAAGAAUCCAGCCACAUCUUUCUUGUCCAGUGUAACAAAUUAGGAGUUAGUAGAGAGAAAUGCAGUCUGCAUAUACAAAUCACCUUCACUAAAACCAUUUCUUAUUACAUUGUAGAUAAUACUGUUUUGAAUCAUCCUAUUCACAAGUGUUAAAUUGAGUGAAAUUUUGCAAAAAUAAAUAUGCUGCACACUUAUCGCUAAGUGCCUUUGCAGUUUGUAGGUGCUAUUAAUGUGUAAUGAAUAGAAGUGCACUAAAUAUAUAUAUAUAUUAGGAGUGCAUUAUAAUAAUAGUUCAGAUGUGCAAUACUGAAUGAGUAAAGCAAGAUGCAAAAGGGAAGAGAAAUAAGUGAUGUUUUUGUGUUUAAAAUUGACUUUCUAGGAAACAGGAUAUGUAAGUUUUACCUUAAUUGUAUUAGGGUAGGUAAAGUAACCUUAUAUCAGAAGGCUUUGACUUUUGCCUGUGAUGCCUAUAAUAUGAUGCUUAGAUUCAUGUUACUUUUAUAACAGUGAGAUAAGAGAAAAGGCAAAAGUGGAACCUUUCUUAAAAAUGAUAUGUGAGCAAAACCUCAGUGCUUUUUAAAACAAUAUUGGAGAUCUGAUUGAAUAGAAUAUGUGAUAGAAAGGAAGAUAAGUAGGAGUAUAGCGUAAGUGGAAAAUGGGUUGAGUUUGCAAUAAGGGUUUAAAUAAUUUGCAUAUCAUAGAGAAUAGAUAAGUAAAUGUUGGGGAAUACAAGGAAAUGUUACAUUUUAAACACCGCUUGCAUGUAUACUAGAGGUUACAGUUUUGCUGUUCUUGAUUACUGCUGUAUGAAUAGGAACCCUGCCUAUGGCUGAUAACUUGUGAAGAACUGAAAAUAGUUAACUGGCCAAAAAACUAGUUGUUUUUUUCCAGUUAAUGGAUUUCACUUAGAUUAUAUUAAGCAAUUUUGAUUCAAAAUGAACUCAGUUGAUAGGGAGUAGAAGGCUAUUUCAGUUAGAUCUGAAAUGUUGUCCGAUGGUACAAUAAUACUCUGUUACAAAAGGAAAACACUGUAUUCCUUAUAUGAAGCAAGUUUAUUUAUAAUGAAAAAUCUGAAUGCUUUUCUCAGUUAUUCAAAUACAUACUUUUCAUAAAAAUAGGGGGGGGGGGUUGUAAUAUGCCGUGCCAUUUAUUUUGCAUUAACUGCUAUUCCUGUAUUGCUUUUGCCCUUUGUUAUUAAGUACACUAUUCAGAUUUAUAGUGACUAAUAAAAACUUUAUUACAAAAGAAAAUUACUUUUCUAUGGAAGCUUGUUCAGAUGGUAACAAUUCAACAAUAGGAAUUUGGCUUAUAUGUGUUGUCAUACAUGACUGUCCUAAUGCUCUGGAUCUAGACAAUUUAAUCCUUGCCCAAUUGUCAAUGUGACUUGCUUAGCUUAAUUACUAUUUUUUUAGCUUAACUAGUGACAAUUUGCUUCUUCUUUUUUUGUAUUUAUAAAUCUGUACAAGCAUACUAUUUUGGAUUAUUGAGCUAGCAUCAUAAGGAUUUGAUAUCAAUAAAUAUUACACAAAUUUCAGGAAAAAAUGUAUUUUCUUGCUAAUAAUUCUUAAUGAGACCUCAAAGAAUAAAACGGCCUACUAGAGGGUUGUUUCAUAUAAAAUGGUGAGGUUUACUUCUAAGUUGUAGUUUAAGAUCACACUGCAGAUAGUCCUUGUUUAAUGACCACGUUGGGACCAACAACUCAAUUUUUAAGUGAAGCACUCAUUCAGCGAAACAUCAUUAUUUUAUUAUUUUAUUUCAGUUUUCUUUUGUUUCACAAAACUGCAAAAAUAGUAAAUGUGAAGAGAGCUUAUAACGUUAUUUUUAAAAUCAUCGUCAUAACUGCAAGUAAUCACUGAGCGAUCAGUCUCUAAACAAAGACUACCUUUAUGUACUUCUUAAUUCUGUUGAAAAUAAUUUCUUCUGAUGUUUCCUUUAAUAACUUAUAAUAACAAGUGGGAGUUCCAAUUUAAAAAUGCAUGCAAUUUUUGCCUUAUUCUUUAUGCUUAUGACCCUUGUGUUCUGACCCAGCUUUCGCAGAAGCAAAAAAGCAGGCUGCCCACAAAGAAAAACCCCUCUUUAUUGACACACCGGGAAUUAACUGCAUUUACCAACAGAAAGUCCAGGCAAGAGUCCUGCAAGAAAUUAACUGAAACAAUAGUCCUUAUGAGCUUGUUAUGAGAAAUGCAAGGAUAUGAACUCCCAGACGAGAGAAAUAGACAAACUUCACUUCUGGCAAGGCUGCCUUUGUCGCACGAAACACACAAGGAGCAAACUUUCCAGAAAUGCCAACGGUUGUCUGUGACAACCAAAUCACUCCCUUUUCCUCCUAUUUAUUACCCAGUCAGGGAGGGGCCAGUCAGCGUCCACGUUUGUUUUGCUUUCUGAGCUGGUUCAUUGUUCGCCUCACCUAUCUGCUCUGUGCAUACGCGCAUCUAGAACAGGCCCCAGCUGUUUCUCCUCCUUGCUCUUCUGACUCCAAAGGCAGCUGCCUCUCUGGCUGGGAAAUGCCAGACAGCCCAAGCUCUAUCUCUGUGUCCAAUGCUGAGCAUCCACCCGAGCCUUCCCCAGGCUCCAGAACUGGCCCAAAUUCUUCCCCAAUCUUCUCAUUGUCUGAGUCUGCGGAAGCUCCACUGGCUGCUGGCGGGCCACAACACGUAACAGCAGCCCCAUGGUCAUUUGGAUUAGAGGUAGUGAACCAGUAGAGGCAUUUUUGCCUGGGCUGCAGAACCGGCAGCAACCCAGGCUUGCCACGCCCCCGAACCGGUUCCCUCACUGCCGCUGAUGUUUCCACCAUGUUGUUUUAUAGUGACCGCGAGCGUGCAGUUCACUGUAAAUUGUUCUGCACAG